AUGGAAUCCUCGGUGCAUAUCUGUAGAAUAUAUUCAGUGAAUGCUUCAUCUGACACACCAAAAGAAAGAAGCGACGAAGCAAUCCAGUCAGCGAAUGCAGCAGCAGACGAGUCGUUAUCCAAUGCCAUAAGACAGUUAUCGCAAGCUAUGGCUAGUUCUGGAAUAGAAAAUACUCAAAUGUUUCCUAUUUCUACUCGGCAUCUGACUGGCAUGAUUCCUAGUACUAGUGGUGUAUGUAAUCCAACACAAGUAAUCUUUAUGGAGUUUGCCAACAGGUUCGUAUUGUUGGUCACUCAGACAGGAAAGAUUGGGAGUUUGUCCAUGGCAUCUGUAGAUGUGUCGUCUGCAGCUCAGCAAGGGAUGUUUAGAUCCGCUGAUGCUGCAGAACCAUCCACUACGAUCAAGUCACUGCUAGGACAAAGAGACAGUCCAUUGAUCCACUCCUUGGCAUCCCAUAUUGUUGCUCAGAUUUCAAGAUCCCACCAAAGUGGAAAUGAACGGCCGCUACUGUUUGGUUUAUCGCUGGCAGAUUCAUCCCUCUUGGAUUCCAAUGCUACCCUCAGCGAUGACUUUAAACACACUUUUCAAGGUAACUUGCAUUGA